AUGCUUGCACCAGAACAUAGUGUCGAUAUAUCUGAUAGCAAGCCACAACAUUCUGAUUCAAUAAAUCUCAAUGAAAAUGAUAUUAAUAUUGAUAUAUCGGAUGCACUGAGUGAGAAAGAAAAAGUUAAAUUUACGGUUCAUACAAAGACUAAAUUGCCAAUAUUUCAAGAACAAGAAUUUAGUGUUACACGUCAACAUGAAGAAUUUAUUUGGUUACAUGAUCGAUAUAAUGAAAAUGAAGAAUAUGCAGGUUUAAUUAUUCCACCAGCACCAGCACGACCAGAUUUUGAUUCAUCUCGUGCUAAAUUACAAAAAUUAAGUGAUAGCGAAGGUUCAUUAACACGAGAUGAAUAUGAAAAAAUGAAACAGGAACUUGAAGCUGAAUAUCUAGCUAUGUUUAAAAAGACAGUUUCAAUGCAUGAAGUAUUUCUUCAACGUCUUGCAACACAUCCAAUUUUACGUAAUGAUAAUAAUUUCCGUGUAUUUCUUGAAUACAAAGAAGAUUUAAGUGUUCGUGGUAAAAAUGCAAAAGAACAAAUUAGUGGCUUUUUUAAAACAUUAACUAAAACAGCUGAUGAAGUAUUCUUAGCAAAUCAAAAGGAAAGUGAUGAAUUUUUUGAACGACAAAAACAAUUUCUCUUAACUUAUAAUACAAAAAUAAAAGAUGCAACAGCUGCUGCUGAUAAAGCAACACGAACACAAAAGAAUAUUACUGAUACAUAUAUUAAAUUAUCAAGUGGUUUAAAUACUCUCUCAACAUCUGAUAAAACUGAUUUAACAAAAUAUUUUAUUCUCCUCGCAGAUUAUUUUGAAAAAGCUCGAAAAUUAGAAUCUCGUAUUCAAUCAGAUAUUGAUUUGAAAUUAUCUGAUACAUUAAGAUAUUAUAUGCGUGAUUCCAAAGCAGCACUUGAUUUAAUGUAUCGUCGUUCACGUUGUUUAGCUGAUUUUGAUACAGCAAAUAAAAAUUUAGAUCGUGCACGUCAAAAAAAUAAAGAUGUCCAACAAGCUGAAACAACACAACAAAAUAUUAAAACAAAAUUUGAAACAAUAUCAGAAAAAGCAAAAGAUGAAUUAAAUGAUUUUAAAACACGACGUGUACAAAUGUUUCGAAAGAAUUUAAUUGAAUUAACUGAAUUUCAAAUUAAACAUACAAAAGCUCAAAUUCAAACAAUCAAAGGUGUUAUACAACAAUAUGACACACUCUCAUAG